UUAAGAAGAGUUGUGAUCGGGGUCACAAGUUUCUCUUGUUUAGACCAAAUAGAUUAAUUUGUUUAGAUUUUGUCGUCCCCCAAAGUCACCAGGAUCGACCUUGUUACCACAGAACUAUUUCUUGCACUAAUGGUGUAAGGAGAAUUCUAAAAUGGAAAAGGAUUUGGAAGAGCCGUGUAAUUCGAUGAGCCGACGGAUGGGUGGCAUCAAUUUGGAUGACGAAAUGCCGCAGAACAUGAUGCCCCCGCACCUCAACCUUCCACACAACGCUCAUUCCUUCGGCGCCUUUGACGACGAAGAGUCGUAUGACCAGGCUCAGCCAAUGCGGAGGAACAAUUCGCCCGUUCCGUCCCCUCAAGGAUCCCAAGAUGAUGUUUACAAUAACUGGCAGGCAUCAAAAACUACUGUGAAAGAGCGCUUUGCGUUCCUCUUCAAUAAUGAAAUCCUGUCGGAUGUGCACUUCCUAGUCGGCCGCGGAGAACAACGCCAAAGAAUCCCAGCGCACAAGUUUGUCCUCUCGGUCGGCAGUUCCGUAUUCGACGCAAUGUUCAACGGCACUCUGGCCCUGCAGGCUGAUGAAGUUGAGCUUCCUGACGUGGAGCCGUCCUCCUUCUUGGCUCUGCUGCAGUUUCUGUACUCGGACGAGGUCAACAUCGGUCCGGAAACAGUCAUGACCACACUGUACACAGCCAAAAAGUACGCCGUGCCUGCUCUGGAGCAGCAGUGUGUCGAGUUUCUCAAGAGGAACCUGCAGUCUGAUAAUGCGUUCAUGCUGCUCACUCAAGCGAGGUUGUUCGAUGAGCCGCAGUUGGCCGCUCUAUGUCUUGAAACCAUUGACACCAACACCGUCGAGGCUCUCAACGCAGAUGGCUUCACUGACAUUGACAUUGAUUCACUCACGGCUGUCCUUGAGAGAGAUACUUUGCGCAUCAGGGAAAUCAACCUCUUUCAAGCUGUUGUCAGAUGGUCCGAUGCUGAGUGCCAGCGUCAAAAUCUGCCAGUGAGUCCAGAACAUCAGAGAUCUGUCCUCGGCAGGGCCAUCCUCCUCGUCCGAUUCCCACUGAUGAGCGUGGAGGAGUUCGCGCAAGGCCCCGCACAGUCUGGCCUGCUCUCUGACCGAGAGCUCGUUUCUCUCUUUCUCUACUUCACAGUCAACCCAAAGCCAGCCAUUAAUUUUCUGGACGCGCCCCGCUGCUGCAUGAUGGGGAAAGAGUUGACCAUCAACCGGUUCAAAGAGGUCGAAACUCGCUGGGGAUACUCAGGCACCAGCGACCGGGUCCGAUUCACCGUGGACAAAAAAAUCUAUGUGAUUGGAUUUGGCCUGUACGGCUCCAUUCACGGCCCGGCUGACUACACCGCCACCAUUGAAAUCAUCCACACUGUGUCUGGCCGCGUGAUUGCUUCGAAUAACGUCAGUUACAGCACUGAUGGCUUCAACUACACAUUCCGAGUCAUGUUUAAACAGCCUGUUGAAAUCAUGGCUAACAACAGUUACAUCGCGUCAGUUACUAUAAAGGGGCCAGAUUCUCAUUAUGGAAGUAAAGGAAUGCGCAGAGUUAUCAUGGACUGCCCCUCGGGAAGCAAGGUGACAUUCAACUUUUCGUACGCUGCAGGUAACAACAAUGGAACAUCUGUGGAAGACGGGCAAAUCCCUGAGAUCAUUUUCUGCUUUUGAGUAGACAUUUGUCGUCAUUUAUCAUCAAGUUGUCAAAUAAUGUUUAGCGCUUACUUGUAGACAGAUUUGUCCAUAUCUUAUUUAUUGUUAGAGCAAGAGCUGUAUAUUUUUUCAAAUCUAUUAAUUUCACUUGAUUAUUUUUGAUCAAAGGACUUUUAGGUCCGUGAUCAUUGUGAUUGGCAUCACUGCUCGUUAUUGCAUUACUCAAACAAAAAGAAUCGCCGUACAUUAGGUGGAUUUUGCAGUUAUUAUUACUUCCUAAACAGCAUUUCUGGAUUGCAAUGCAUUUUAUUUGGCUUUAAAAGCAUACAUUCUAAAUUAUACAAUUCAAUUUUAUUUAGGGAAAAUAUGUGUGUUGAAAUCAAGGAACGAAAUCAGUAAAAUAUAUCAUGCUAUUCAUACAAUUAACAA